UUUUUUUUUUUUUUUGUCCCCAUACCGUUUGCCAAAACUUGGUGCACUAACCACACCGGAUAGCCAAGCGCGGGCCAUCCAAGGCGAUGCUGUGCGUGCUGCUGUUACCGAUCGCCGCUUUCCUGCUGCGCGCGGAGGCGGCGGUCGGCAUCAUCAACAUCAACAACAACAACAACAACAACGGGGACGCGGCGGACACGGACAAGUGGAUCAGUGACAAGGACAAGUACUGGAGCAGAUUCCGUGACGAUGAUUACUUCAGGACCUGGGGCCCAAGCAAAGCACAAGACAAAGAGUCAGAGAAUAGGCCCAGGAGACAUGGGGAACCAGGGUCCAAAACACAUCCAGUGCAGGCUAAAUGGAGGACUGAUGAUGGUUUGGACAUGACUAAAGAUCCUUGUAUGAAUGUGCACUGUCCUCCUCACAAAGCCUGUGUGAGUCAUGACCACCAAACGGCCAUCUGCACCAAUCACAAACCUCCACAGCACAGCAUUAGGCCAAGGAAAGGCAGUCAUCUCCGUAAGCAAUGGAUGGGAGCAAAUAAUCAUGGGAAAUGUAAACCUUGUCCUAUUGUCCAUCCUCGUCCAGUGUGUGGCUCAGAUGGUCAUACCUACACUUCAAAGUGUAAGCUGGAGUUCCAGGCAUGUAUUUCAGGAAAGAGCAUUUUAGCGAAGUGUGAAGGACCAUGUCCCUGCCUGCCUGGACAGGAAGUCUUCAAGCCACACGCUGAAAGGAAUGGGAGACAUGAGACGUUGAGGGGAGACAUGGAGCUUUACGCUUGCACUGAUGCUGAUCUGAAGAGUUUGGCGUCUCGACUGAAGGACUGGUUCGGUGUGCUGCACAUGGACGCCAACCGAGAUCUGAAGAUUUCUGCCAGUGACAACGGUCAAGGACGUUUUGACACCAGCAUCCUCCCUAUCUGUAAAGACUCUCUUGGUUGGAUGUUCAACAAGUUGGACAUGAACUAUGACCUCUUGCUCGAUCAGUCAGAGCUCAGCGCCAUUUAUCUGGACAAGUACGAGCUGUGUAUGCGCCCACUCUUCAAUUCCUGUGAUUCCUUUAAGGAUGGGAAGCUUUCCAACAAUGAGUGGUGCUACUGCUUCCAGAAACCAGAUGGUCUGCCCUGUCAGAAUGAAAUAAAUAGGAUUCACACUCAAAGCCGACGGAAGUCUCUCAUAGGAGCAUAUGUCCCACGCUGUACGGAGGACGGCUACUUUAAGGCCACACAGUGUCACAGUAGCACAGGCCAGUGUUGGUGUGUUGAUAAAUAUGGCAAUGAGAUUGCAGGCUCCAGGAAACAAGGCAACCCAAUCUGUGAGGAGGAUCAGGAGACCUCAGGGGAUUUUGGCAGCGGAGGAGCCAUCAUUCUUCUUGAUGACCAAGAGGAGGAGGAGGAGGAGCCUCCACAGAACAGGCGGCGCAGACAGAAGGAGAAGCGAGGCAGGCUCCGCCCCCGCGGGGCCAUCGAGGAUGAUGAAGAUGAAGAGGACGACAAAGAAGACGAGAUUGGCUACAUCUGGUAGCUCCAUCCCCAUCUCCCGUCGGCCUGCCAGGGACCCCGGUUGUAAUGCACAGUUCUGAAGCCAUUCCAACCCCAUGAUCUGGAUCAGAAUCUCAAUAAAACAUCAAUAACUAUAACCUGCAUCACCUGUUUUAUUUUAUUUUCCUUCUCUUUUUUUGUCUGUAUCAUAUAUUCUGGCUGUUCGAAACAAUAUAAACCAGUAAAAACUCUCAUAGCUGCGUUAACACCUUCUGUAUCUGGAAAUAGCAACCACAUUCUCCCACUCUUUUUUCCAUGACAGGAAUCUGUACCGACUUUUCGUUGUAUCGUUUUUCGUUUAUUCCCCUCUCUCUCUUUCCAUCCACAGAGCCCCUGAAGCCAUUUGAAAGCUGCGGCUGUAAAUAUUUCUUUUUCUGUUCAGACAGAUGAGGCGCUAGAGUAUGUCUGCCUCCAUCCCAGAGUCUCUCACCUGAGCCUUCU